GGUCGCGCUGGUAAAAACAAUUACUCGAGGAUUUAGGCUUACAUUGUUUAAUUUCUGAAUUUAUAAUUUUAUGGUAAUUCUAUUUGAUGCGAAACGUAGAAGUCAUCAGUUAAAAACUUUACUUAACAUAGUAAAAGUUUAAAGGUUUGUUAGUAAAAAAAGUGUUUAACGUAACAAUCAAAAUAUUCAAUAGAAAGUUACUUUGAUACUGGAGUGUACAUGUGUUUAGUUUAGUUAAGCUAAACUUCCGCUUUAUCCAGUCAAGAUCAAGUUUAUAAUAUAGUUAGGCCUAGUUGUAGCAGCACACAAGUCACAAUUAAUUAGCUCCAAAAUUUGUGAGUAAACUAUUUGAAUCGAACUUGAGAAAUCAACUUUUAGUUGUUUAGCUUCUGAGGAACUAGAAUUCUCAAGCAAAAUUCCAAAACUUUUCUAAUAAUAGUUGUAAUGGCAUCAGCUGCACAGAAUACAUCUGUUAGUGUUACACUUACAGUGGAAACAAUUACAAACGGAAUCUUGGUGAAUGGAUCAGGAAGUGACACUUCACAAGAACCAGCUUUAAAGAAAAUGAAGUUGGAUGUCUUACUCAGAGACAGAAGAGUCGUCGUACACAAGGGAUCUACCCUCAAGGUGUGUCAAACUAGGAAAGGUCAACCUUUGUGACAGAAAACACACUGUAUGAGUUAUGUUGUUACUAGUAUUAGAAGUCAAAUGCUUAUUAGAAUAUAAGUCGUACCUAGCUAUAGUCAUGAAGUAUUUUGUGCAUUCUUUAACUACCAAGUCUUACUAACACAGCAUAUUUCUGAUGUAGAGUUCCAUGUAUCCAGAAGACUUGCCAGUGCUUUCUUCAGUAUUUUAUGAAAAAAAAAUUUUAUUUGUAGAAGUAUUUCUGCCUGUCAUAUGAACCUGUUCUUUAUACAGGCAUGAUUUCUAGUGGAGUAAAGUGAUACUGAAAACAAUGUUGUUGAGAUUUUACUCUUUUAGCAAGAAGGAAAGAUGGCAAUAUAAGGUUUUUUCCCAUGUUUUUUGUAAAAUAAAACGUUUCAAAUAGGUAAUACAUCUAUACCUUACUACUUAGGGAUUUCUCUAAGAAUAUUUAAAUUUCCUCAACGUGUGUAGUUAGCUAAGUUAUAAUGAACAAUUCUUAUGGAAUCUGAAACAUGAAGUUCUACCAUAUUUGGAGUAAAUUUUAACAUUGCUGAAGGUUUUUAGUUAAGUGGUGGCCUUGAUGGGCUGAGCAGCCUUCUGUCAUUUUGCUAAUGUUUAAAAGUUGGGAAUGCAACCAUAAAGAAGUAAUAAAGCAUAUUAAAAUAUUUUUUAUGUUACAGGUCUAAGUUACACUAAUGUUAGCCUAAAAUGGCAUGAUUAACUUUUCAGUUUUUCAUUAGUAAUUAUCAUGUUUGAGUAACAUUUUUGAUUAUCAAAAAAUUACAAGCCCUUGGUGCUCAAAAUAUGUCUUUUGCUACACAAUCGUAUAAUACUUAAGAAAAUACUUAAGAAUUUUAAAGCUUAUAAAAGUGUUUGUUACUAAUUACAGUUUUAUACUGGCUUUCUUGGUAGUGAUAAAUCAAGAGUAAUAAAACAAAAUUCAUUUAAGUUUUUAAUUUCCAGUGCAGAAUGUAAAAAACUGCAAAAAUUAUCAUUUGUUUGCAAAAGGUGAUGUAUUAUUUUUAAGAAAAGAAAGAAAAAGCAUGCAUUGUUUGUAAAUGCAUAAGUGGCAGUCUCUCCAUUUAGUAACCUUUAUGAGUGAACUUUGCAUUUGUAAUUAUGUACAUCUUAUCAUAACCUUUGUAAAAUAUACCUGAUGUUACAGAAUUUUUUUUAAUUUCUAGAAAGAACUUUAUUAAAAAGUUGGUGUAAUUCUUUAUCAUUUGAAUUAUCUAAAAAAAUUAAUUUUAGAGUCCCUCUAAGUCAUAAUCAUUUUCCAGUUGAGGUUUUCAAAGUACAUUUAUAUAUCACAACUGUAAAUUGUUAAAACCCUCACCACAUUAAACACAAGUGACUGAAGAUGAUAACAAGUACUACUGUAAGUGAAUGUAAAAUUAUUGGAUUUUAUUUCUCUAACCAAACAACAGGAGGGAGAAAAGGGCAGUACAGAAUGUUAUGCUUUGUACUAUAAGCAGAUUUUUUGUCUGAAAUGCAAUGUUCCAUUUCUAUACACUAAUGAUUUAACUUUUGUUCCAUAAUGUGAUUUUCAUACAAUUGGAGACACACACAAUUGGGAAACAACUUUAAAAGAGCACUGAUUCAUUAAAAUUAUUAAAUGCAAAAGUGACAACACUAGCUUCAAAGCAAAACGAGUUAUUUCACAACGUUCUGUCUUUUGAUACAGGUAUUAAAAGAAAUUUAAUUUACAAUACUAUAUAAACAUAAAGUAUUAAAUGAGUACAUAAGUGUUGAAGGAUAAACUCUCAGGUUUCAAAAUUUGCAUUAAAUAGGAUAAUUGUAAUACAUAUAGGGGACAUUAUUUUAAACUAGCUGAAUUUAAAAAAAAAAAUUAAAUAACACCUUAGUGCUGACAGUCUAGCACAAGAAUGAAAUAUAGGUUUUUCAAGUGAAAUACAAGUAAAAAUAAAUAAAAAUCAAAAAUUAUUUCCAUGAAAGCCCAAGUACUACUAAAUACAGGGUUAUGCACAUAUACUCCAACUAUUAAUUUAUUAAUUUUUUUCUUGAUUUUGUAAUUUAACACAAACAUAGAGCUAAAGACAGUAUCCUUUAGCUUUCAUGGAUCCAGAUGUUAGGUUCAAGUUAGGCAGAAGUCAUGUGACCAGAUAAAUACCUUUAAACUUUGACAUCAAAGUUCUGACUUUACUUUUUAUUUCCCACAACAAGAUUCAAGUGAUUUAUUUUUUUGACUGUGCUGAAGGCAACAAACAGUAUCAUCACACUUGGUUUCCAAAUUCUAGACAUUGGCCAGACAAAUUGCUGAAACAAUACACAUUCUUUGAACUCAGGAAGCACAAGACAGGAUAAGUCAUUCAGCAUUCUCAAUCAGAUAUCCCCAUGUUUAGUAUGUUAAUAUCAAUUAUACAAAUCUGUUGUUAAAGUUUAUUUCAGUACAAAGAAAAAAAAAGAGUUAAAUGUAUAUAAAUAGACCUAAUUGGAAAAGUGUUAAUGAUGAUUUGGAAGAGUAUCAUGUGUGUAUUUUUUUAACACACAUAUUUGUGUUUAUUUGAUUGAUUGUUUGUUGCAGGAGGUAAUUGUUAAUUGUGUAAGAUAUAGACCAUAAAGAGGUAUUAUUCUGGAAACCCCUUUUAAUUUAACAUUUUCUGCAGAUCCCCAAAUAUGUCAAUGGUUUUUGGUUUGUAAAAAGGAUUCUGUGCACUUGAAAAGCUACUCCAAGAUUAAAUGUUUUAAUUCACAUAAGUUUGUUUUUACAAAAAAUAUUUUUAUUCUAUCUAUAAGUCAUAUUUUUCUAAAUAUGUUUUAUAGAAUUUUAUACAUGACUUGCUGCCCCCCUGGAGUACCUUAGUGGACCCCAGUUUGAGAAAUGCUGCUGUACUAAUUACUUAUAGAUAUAAUUGCAUUUUAAGUAUGCAGUCCAAUCAAACUUGUACAUUGCUGCCCAUUAUGGUAUUCUUCCUUCACUCAGAAUGUUUACAGCAAAUUACUUUAGAAUAACCCUUUGGAAAAAAAGUUUUCUCUAAUUUUUCAAUGGCCUUUCAUUUUAGGCCAGAAUUUGACAAAACUACUCAAUUUGUACUACUCAAUUUGUCAAGAUAUAAGAAAAAGCAAUGUUAUGCACAUAGGCAUGGAAAUCCUGCUAAGUCUAAAAAUCAUGACCAACACUCGAAUGUAAAUUAAAAAAUGAAAAUGCAGGGAAUUUAUAAAAUGGUUUUGAAUUAUUUUGCAUGGUGACAUUAUUUAUUCAAAUUGCAAAAAAAUAAAAUAAAUGAAAAUGGUUUAUCUUAGAUUCUGAAAAAAGUUUUUCAGUGCUUAAAAUUGCACACACACACACACAUCAUGGAAAUAAUUAACCUCUAAACAAACAACAUUUCCUUUAUUAAAUGAUGUUUUCACAUUGUGAAUAUGUUUGAUAUAGAAAUGUGAAGAUUCCUUAUUUUUCAAAACCUUGUUGGCACUUGGAAUGAGAAAUGAUUUCUCCCUGUUUUAGGAGUCUGGUUUGACCCCACAUUAGGUGUGGUUUAAACUUGCAAAGUUAGGUAAAACUACAGAGAGAACCCCUAGCUGUGACCACUAACAUAUAAAGGUUCAAUCAAAAUUAAUUUGUAUUUAUAUUUGAGCUUUAAAAAUGUUUAAUGAUAGUGAUUCAUAAUUGUUGUUGCUAGAGCUGCAAUAUAGCAUUGCUUUCUGUAAUUUCUUGCUGAUUAUGAGGAAGCACAACAGUUGUAAUUGAUUUGACAUGGUGUAGCAGAAUUAACAUGUAUAAAGACAUGGCAGUAUGUGUAAGAAGCAUCUUGAACAUUGAAACCAGCAUUUAUUCAUCCUUCACAUUGUGUACAAUUAAAUUUUCUGUUUAAGUAUUAUUAGUUUUCAAAAAUGUCUUACAUUGGCAUGAUUUUAAAAUAAACUUAAGUGUUCCCUCAAUGCUUUUUAAUUAGGAAUUCCUGCUAAAAGAUUGCAGUGUUGUUAUUUUUUGAGCAUAAUCAGUUAGAAAAUCUUAAAACCAAUAUUUUUUAGUGUUCAGAUAAAUGUAAUUAUAUGUACAUCAAUAGAAUGUACAGUUUUUUGUUUUCAUCAACUCUGAAUAUAGUUUUUUAGUCAGUUGUUAAGAUAAAUUGACAUAAUAAAAGUUCUGUCAUUCAUUUUAUUACUAAAACAGAAACAUUUCUUUUCAUAUUGUACAAUCCUAAUUUCUCAAAACUACUAAAAGUUUGAGUUAAAUUUAUAUUAAGUUUACUACCAGUUCUGGCAAGCCCUUCUUUAUUCAUGUGAAUUUUAAAAGUCACAAAGUGACAGUACUUUAUGAAACUUUGUGAAUCUGACUUUAAGCCUAAAGGAAUUUAAUUUCGGUAGUCAUUAAACACCUACAUAUGUGUGCAGUUUUGCUAUUGCUGUAGAACGUCUUCAAUUUUUUUAUGUGCAUAUGUAAUAUGCUUUAAUGACUUUCUUUUUUAUUUUGGUAGUAUUUCUUUCUAGAAAUGUAGCAGUCAUCUAGGAGUGGAGAAAACAGUUUCUUUGUUGCUAUGGCCUACAUGUACGACAAAGAAUGUAAAUAUAUAUAUAGAUAUAUUUGUAAAUGCUACCAAGUUAGGCUUUGACUGAAGAAUUUUGUUUUCAGGCUGUAAAUCUUAAAUAUUGAAGUGGUUGACACUUUAAUAUUAUAAUCUGGAGUAGUGCUUAAUAGUUCUGAGACUAAUUCUCAUGUUUUGCUGUGAUAUUUCCUUUCAAAACUCCUGAGAUUUUGACAGUAUCCUAAAACCUUCUGUUUCACACUAUAUUUGUGCUUAUUUUUUCAUUUCAUCUACACGCUUGCUAUACAAAACCACACUAGACUUUGAAAUGAGGCACUUGAUGUUAAAAAAUCAGAUUUAAGAAUGGGCUCAUUAUUCUUACCUGUGCCCCAGUUUGAUUAGAAUAGUUUGUAUUAUGUAUAUAAUUUAUGCUGUGGGUACAUAUAAGAAUAUUCAGUAGUUAUUUCCUGGUCUUGUAAGUCUUACCAACAGUAACUUGAACAAAAUUUAAUUAAAAAUAGUUUUUUAAAAUAGCUAUUAAAAUGUUUAUUUAUGGUUUUAUAGAAUUUUUCUUUAAUUUCAGCUAUACUAAUUUCAUAUUAGCACACACUUUUCAUAUUAGCAUAUUCUGGUUACUACCUUAUAUGUUAUAUGUAUAUACAUUAUAAUCGGACUGGGAAAAGAAACACUUUUUCAAAAAAAAUGAGGUGAUAUGUUUAAGAAAUACAUAUUGAUGGCCUUUUAUUUCAGUCAGUGUUAUCUGAAGUACACUGUAGUACUGCAUGUUAUGAAUUUGGGUUACGAAUUUACUCUAAGAUAUUGCAUAAUACAUCAUUUGAUGUAAUGUGUCUUUCUAUUUUUACUUGCAGGAAUGGACUGGCCACAAAAUACCACAUGUUUUCAUUGAUGUAGGCUUAAUGAAGUACUCACAAAUGCAUCAUAUCAUCAAUAAAUUGAUAUAUAUAUUAUGGCUUCGUUAUUAAGUUAUUUUUAUUCUUUUUAUCAUUUUGAAUAAUUUGAUUUUAGUAGACAGUUUACACUAGCUCCAUUUUUUGCAUAAAAAGCUAGAAAUUAAAUCUGUAUAGACUAUUGUAAGGCCUUCCAACAUCUCCAAUUUGGUACUUUUUCAGGUCAUCCCUUUUUUUCCAAAAAUUACUAUUUUUCCCUGUUUUGGGGGGAAUGGGGCUGUGUGUUACCUUUUCAGGUUGAUUGUUUGUGGCAGAAACCUUUCGAGUGACACAGGUGUUCAGAUAUCUUUAAGGAGGUUUUUUUUCAUAUUUAGAGAACUUGAUAUGAGUAUCAAAUAUAUAGAAAUAACAGGUAACAAAAUUGAACUCCAUAGUGAGUCAGGGGUGUGAAAUUUUCAGAAAAAAUUCUUGUCCAAGAGAAAAAAUAUUCUACAAAUCUAUUUCCCUCUUUCCUCCACAAAAUGUAAAAAACAUAGAAUAUAAUUUUUAAGAUUUUGCUUUUAUUUAACAGUUACCAUAAUAAGGACAAUGUCAUUGGCAGCUCAGUUUGAUUGGGAAUUGUGUAUAACAUGUUAUACACCUAAGCUAUUUUUAUAUACAUAUAUAUAUAUAUAUAUGUAUUUUAUGGUUUUUAACAUUUAGUUAUUAUGAUUUUACAGUGCAACAUGUAGAAUACCCCAUGCACAAACUGUUUACAUUAAUGGAUGUACGUAGUUUAAGUAGAUAUGUUACUUUGUGUAUGUGACUGUGAAUUUGUAAGUUAAAGGGAUAUGUAUAUUUAGUUUUGGUUUGAAGUAUAAAAGUAUGCAUUUUUUAAAAAGAUUGUGUGUACGUGCUAAACUUUUGCACUUUAGAAUUUUUAGUUUCUUGUAUAGUUCCCUAGAAAUUUACCUGGAGUGUGAAAAAUAUACAUAUACAUACUUGUCAAAUGGGCAAAGUAUAACAGUAAAACUUGUCAUCCCAGACGUUGGACAAUAUGAAUUCCACACCCCUGUGAGUACACUGUUAAUUUCUAAGUAUUUAUUAAUUGCCAUCCCAAAAUGUCAUGUCACCCUAUUACCAUGAUAUUUUAAUAUAAUGCACUACUUUUUCAUUAAUUUGCCCUAUGAUGUGCCAUUGGAGGGCCUACAAUAAGAUGUUUUUGGUAAUAACAAAAUUAGUAAUGAGACCAUGAUUUAUAUAACUGUAAUAUUUAUUUAUUUCAAUUCCCUAGUUUUAAAAUUUUUAAUGAAAAUAGUAUUUAUUAAUAUUUAUUGUCUUGAAAAAAGUAAGUUGUCCCCAUUUUAUAGAAUUUCCAUGGACUAAGAGAUUUUUCUAGAUCAUUGUUAUAAAUAUAAAAUAAAUUAACAUUGUUUUUAAGAAUACAGUAUUUAUUACUGGGUGGAUACAGUAAUGGUUUGUAUCAGUAACAUUAAUUUUUACCAUGACUGGGCGAUAUACAGUAUUCAUUUUGGUGACCAUGCUGAUGUUGAUAUGUUUCGUUCUUUUCUCUUUUUUCUUGUAUUUUUGUACUGUGUAGUUUGAAAGCAAAACAAGAGAAGCAACCUGCUCACUGCACAACUGCUCUUGCUCGUGCGAAUCAUGCAAAAAGCAGCUCAAAAUGCUAGGAGCUGUGAGAUUUGCUUGACUGACAUAUCAGUGAAACUAAUGUGGCCAACACAAUGACACAGCAUGAACAGACUGGUCCAAUCUUAGCAGGACCUGGGGCUAUGCGAUCCCCUAGCUCACUGUUAGGGAUUGGCCUUCAGAAGCUGACAUCUGAGCAGCAGGAAAUGGUUACUAAAGCCAAGAAGUAUGCCAUGGAACAAAGCAUAAAGAAUGUUCUGAUGAAGCAGACAAUAGCCCACCAACAUCAGCAACAGAAGCUGCUCCAGUACCAUCAGGCCUUAGUCCUCAUGUGUAGAGUAUAUGUUGGAAGUAUCAGUUUUGAGUUGAAAGAAGACACUAUCCGUCAGGCAUUUUCUCCCUUUGGCCCAAUCAAGUCUAUCAACAUGUCAUGGGAUCCACUUACACAGAAACAUAAGGGCUUUGCUUUUGUUGAAUAUGAAUUAGCUGAGGCUGCUCAACUUGCCCUGGACCAAAUGAAUGGAGUCAUCAUUGGUGGAAGAAACAUCAAGGUGGGGAGACCUAGUAACAUGCCCCAGGCUGCACCAAUUAUCGAAAAGAUAGUGAGUGAAGCUAAAGUAUUCAAUCGUAUAUUCAUUGCUUCUGUGCACCAAGACCUUAUGGAACAAGAUAUUCAAAGUGUAUUUGAAGCCUUUGGUAAAAUAAGGUCAUGCAAGUUGGUGCCUGGAAGCAUUCCUGGUAAACACAAGGGGUAUGGUUUUAUUGAGUAUGAAAGUUCCCAGUCAGCUCAAGAUGCUGUGUCAUCCAUGAACCUGUUUGAUCUAGGUGGCCAAUAUCUUAGAGUUGGAAGAGCUAUAACUCCACCUAAUGCUUUACAGACACCAAGCUCAAGUGGUGCUCUACCAACUGCAGCAGCUGUAGCAGCUGCAGCAGCAACUGCCAAGAUACAGGCUAUGGAUGCUGUAGCUUCUAACACUUUGGCCCUUGGUCUAGGGAAUGCUGUAACUCUCCCACAAGUAAAUCCUAUGGUAGCAGUUCCAGGACUGACCAUUCCCCCACCAGCUACUAUCCCCCCUCCUGGGUUAGCUAUACCGUCGCCAGUCUCCCUCUCCAGCACUGGUCUGACCAUUGGCCAGACAGCAGCAAUACCUCCUCCUGGACUAGCUGUCCCAAACUCCAUAUCACCUGCUGUGGCUUCAACAAUUCCUCCACCUGGUUUAGCCAUUCCUACUGCAGUUGCCAUUUCAGGAUCUGGACUGACAGGUGCCCAGACUGCAACCAUUCCUCCACCAGGACUGACCAUUCCUACAAUAGGUUCUCCUGGCCUCAUAACAACUACAGUUUUACCUCAAGCUGUGAUGGCAGCUAGUGCCCCAGGCUUAAUAACAGGUGUAACACCAGCUAAGACUAUUCCACCACCAACAGUAUUGACUACCCUACCCCCUGUAAAAACAGAUAUGGGACAGCAUGGUAUUAAUGUCACUUCAGAUAUGCUCUCAGUCUCCACAAGCACCACUCAGAUGACUCCUGCAGUCAGUGCUGUAACUACAACAGAAACUGAACAGAAACAAGAAGAGCUGGCCAAGAAGAUUGCUGAAGAGCAAGAACCACAGACACUUCAACAGCAAGAAAACAUGGUGCUUAAAGGUUCUAAUGCUCGACACAUCCUGAUGCAAAAGCUGAUGAAACGGCAAGAGUCACUUGUUGUGGUGUUACGCAAUAUGGUUGGAGUUGAAGAUCUUGAUGAUGAAUUGGAGUCUGAAGUAACAGAUGAGUGUGGAAGAUUUGGAAAUGUUAACAGAGUGAUAAUUUAUCAAGAGAAACAGAGUGAAGAAGAUGAUGCUGACAUUAUUGUCAAAAUCUUUGUUGAAUUCUCUCAGUCAUCAGAGGCUAUUAAAGCAAGGGAUGCUCUGAAUGGAAGGUACUUUGGAGGCCGCACAGUCAAGGCAGAACUCUAUGACCAGAUUUUGUAUGAAGCAAAUGAUCUAUCUGGUUGAUAAUUAAUUAUUUGUUAUUGUUAAUUUGGAAAAGUUGCUACAUGAACUGUAUAAUUUUGUAUGCAUAUUCUCAAGUUGAAUAUCCUUGUUUUCUUUACUAGUCUUUUUCAAAAAGAGUUCUCUCUAAAACUGCUAGUAUUAAAAAAAACAUUAAUGGAUAUGUGGAACAUGGUGCAUUGCAGUAUCACAAGAGUGUGACAUUUUUAACUGUAAAAAAAUUAAAUCAAAUCAUUGAUUUUUUUAAGCUUUUAUGGGAGGAUGUUUUUUGUUACUCUUUAUUUCCUGAUGCUAAAAAGUUUAGAUAUAAGAAUUUCAGUAAUUUUUUUCUUUCUGAAACCUUUGUAUUAAUUAUUCAGGUAAUAAAUUUUUUAUUUUUCAGGAAACA